AUGUCAUUCCCACCUCAGGCUUACUGCGAGCUCCAUGGAGUACCUAUGCUCCUUGCCUCAUUCGUGUUGAAAUGGACUGCUGUACUGACACUGGACCUAGCACCCCCGGAGCUACCCUUCCUUCGCGUCUUCCCGCGCGGUACCGGAAUUGGUGCUUCUCAGGUUGUACCGGUCCAGACAGUUACCUCCCGCCCGCCCUUCAGUCCAGACAAGUCCCGGGGAAAGGAGGGCACCCACCCACUCUCCCACCUGGGACGUGACCUUUCUGCAGUCAAAGAGUCAGAACAAGUGUCAGCACCACGCGAACUCAAUGGUAUUGGCCUUCAGAUGACCCAACGUCAUGGCGAUCUUCUCCAUAUUCUCCCCCACGACUGCACAUUGCAUGCUUAAAAAUCAGCAGACGGUGAUGCUUCCUUCCCUGUCGCCAUGCUUUCACCGGCCAAUGGUACUCUCGUGGGUCUUCUUGCUCCGACUUCCAAUGCCUCAUCGAUUCCCUUUUCCAAGCGCGGGCAACCUGAUUCGUGUGGCCGACGACUCUGCUGGUCAUCUGAAACCGGCUAGCGGCCGCGAUAUAGACGGCAUGUCUUUUCCAUCGUGCUCAUUCGACACGCUCUCUACGGUGUUUCUUGCACUGGUCCGCACGGCAACCAGCAUCACUACUGCCAAGGUGCCAACGGUGCCAUCGUCUGAAGCUCUAUGGUCAGAGGGCAGCAAGGGCAGUUCUGAAUGCAGACAGACCCAGGCUUGCCCUUUUGCCCAAUCCAGUUACCUUGAAGACUGCAGGAAAGCCAAUCACGCUUGGGUUUCUUGGACCUCAGCCCUAUAUUUGAGCAUAUUAACACCAUCAGGAAAUAUUCCAUUCGCUGUUUGCCCCUUGUAUCUCCCCAUCACCAUCCCCACCACUUUCACAUCGGACCGCUCGCGCCCCUCUAUCCGCCUGCUUGUUAUCACUACUCUUCUUGAGUUGUGCGGGUAAUCGUCUCCGAUUAGCUUGACUCGGCUCAAUUGGCGUGUCUGUUGAGUGACAAAAAGGCACUGCUAGGAGACUCGAUCUGCAGAAAAAGACAUGGAUCUCCCCAUCAACGCUCUGACAGUCUGACGAUAGAUGACAAG